AUGCCUACUAGAACACGAGCGAGAACCAAGAGGAGGGUUGUAGCUGCUCUUGCUGCUGUGGCGUCUGUUUCGGCGCUUUCCCCGCCUAGCCAGUUGGUUGCGAGGGGUGUUGAUAGCCAAACGCACCGCUAUUCGAAACGUGAAUUCACCCUUAUCAACCAAGACGAGGUCCUCAAGUCUUACGACUAUGUUAUCGUUGGCGGUGGUCUUGCCGGAUUGGUCUUGGCUUCUCGCCUUAGUGAGGACAAGGACACGAGUGUGAUCGUCCUCGAGGCUGGUUUGAGCGGAGAUGAAGUCAAGGAGGAUAUUGACGCACCCGCUGGAGCCUACUACAACUCGAUUGUCGGCACUGACUAUGACUGGAAGUACGACAUUGUCAACCAGCAAUACUUGAACAACCGAGGUGGACAAUGGCCACGAGGAAAGAUCCUCGGAGGCUCCACUGCGAUGAACGCCAUGUACCUCGUCCGACCAGCCCAAGUGGAGCUCGACGCCUGGUCCAACAUGCUCAGCGAGGAAUCCGACACCGAGGACGGCGCCGACAACUGGAACUGGGCCAACAUGUUCGAAGCGAUGAAGAAGGCUGAGACGUUCCACCCGCCCGAGACGGAAGCUUGGGAGAUUGGAGGGCAGUUCCCGUUUAGCGCUGAAAACCAUGGGUCGAGUGGGCCGAUGCAUUUGGGGUAUCCUGGUGUUAUGUUUAGCGCUGUGGGGAAUUGGACUGCGGCGCUCGAUGCUGCUGGGAUUCCGCCGCUUGAGGAGCCGAAUGGGGGUGUUACGAUGGGAGGGUUUAUUAGUCCUUCGUCGAUUAAUCCUACGAAUUGGACCCGCUCGUAUUCGAGGUCGGCGUAUAUUGAUUCACUCCCGCCCCGACCUAACCUGCACAUCCUCCCGCAAGCCACUGUCACCAAAAUCGGGUUCUCGGACAAGCAUCGAGCGAAUACGCAGGGUGAGAGGGACCAGCUUAUUGCGAAUACGGUCGAGUUUGGGGAUGAGAGGGAGGAGGGAGCGAUGGAGGGUGGUGGGACGCGGUAUGUGAUUGGAGUGAAUCGGGAGGUUGUUUUGGCUGGUGGGCCGCUUGGGAGUCCGAAGGUUUUGAUGCAUUCUGGUGUUGGGCCUAGUGAUGUUCUUACGCAAGUUGGGAUGGAUGUUGUGCUUGAGUUGCCGGGUGUUGGACAGCAUUUGCAGGAUCAUAUGACUGCGGGUGUUGUUUGGGAGUCGAGGGUUGAGACUGCUGGUGAUGUUAGGAAUACUGGGUCAGAGUUCUCGCGUUCUCGGGAGUUCCUCUCUUUCAUCAACGACGCUGUCGCGUUCGCCGGCAUCACCCGUCUCUUUGGUGAAAACAGUGACCAGUUCCAAGGCGAGAUUCUCAACAUCCUCGAGGCUAUCAGCGAUGGCAACAGCACUACGGUUGACGACCGCGAGAUCUCGCUCGCGACGCUCGUCCCUGAAGGUUCGCCUGAAGUCUUUGAAGGGUACAAGGCGACGUACAACAUUACCGCGCGCGAGCUCUGGGAGACCGGUCAAAUCGAGAUGCUGAUGUCGCUCAUCUCUGAAGGUGUCAUCUCCAUCCAGAGUGCCCUUCAACACCCCUACAGCCGCGGGCGUGUGUACAUCAACUCUACGAACCCGUUCCACCCCAUCCAGAUUGACCCCAACUACUUUUCGCACCCUAUGGAUCGGGUGAUUAUGCGUCAGGGAGUGAAGAUGGUUAGGGAUGUGGGGAAUGUGUUGAGGGAGAUGGGGGUGGUUGGGGAGGAGGUUGUUCCGGGGCCGGGUGUUCAGACGGAUGAGGAGAUUGAUGGGUGGUUGAGGGAUGGUGGUGCGAAUACGCAGUAUCAUCCUAUGGGUAGUUGUGCGAUGCUUCCGAGGAAGUGGGGUGGGUGUGUGAAUAGCAAGUUGAGGGUUUAUGGGAUCGCUAAUGUCCGUAUUGCGGAUUCCUCUGUCUUCCCGUUCGAGUUUGCGGCUCAUCUUGCGAGUGCGACGUUUGGACUUGCCGAGACUGCGUCUGACUUGAUCAAGGAUGAGUCGUACGACGUUCCGAAGAAUGCGAAAGUGAAUGAGAGGGAACUUGGGAGGCAGGGAGGGGAUGGUGAGAGUGGAGCUGCUGUUGCGCUUACUGGACGGGGAGCGGGAGUGGGAGUGGAGAGGUUUGGUGUGCUGGUUGGUGGUGAAGGUGUGGUAGUUUUGAUGUUAACGUUGGUGCGCUAA